AUGUCUUUUCAUCUCUUUCGGGAUCAAUUCGGUCUACGGCCAACUAGUUCAAGAGCAACAAUUCCAGAUAAUGAUUUAGCUCGAGUUAUGUAUUAUCUGCAUUGUGUAUUCAGUGCUAUCGAAUACAAAGAUCAAGACGUUCGACGCUAUCGUGAUUAUCGCCAUUGGUCAUUACUAAGUGAAGCUGAACAGAGAAUGGUACUGGUACUCGCAUUGACUCUUAGUCCAGAUGAAUUUGAUGGUAAAGUCUUUUUUCAUUCGGAUGAACUGUGUGGUGAUUCUGGCAACAAAUUUUAUGAAUUAAGUCAAGUGCGUCAUCAACUUUUGGCUGUUCAAUCGAUUGUCAUUGCUGGACAAACACGUCAUGUCAAACAAAUUAUGACCUACAGAAUGUCUUGGAUUCAAAAAAAUUAUAUUGAACCAGUGAAAAGGCUUGCGUCUUAUUUUAAUCAGCAACGAGAGCGGCAAGUCGCUGCUGCCCGAGCCAGAUCUGCUCGCGCAGCUUAUACAUAUCAGAAUGACCCAAGUAAUAUUUGUGUUAUUUCAUAA